AUGUACAACCGUACGUAUGCCGUCCAGGGUAUUGAUUACGCGCGAGAGGUGACACCACAUUUGCGGAAAGAAUUACAAGUUUCGGAAUUUCAGGCACUUGUGUUGCUUCAGUUCAACGGUGAACAGAAUGAACCAAUCACCUACGCGUCCAUCGCCGAGGCGACCGCAAUCGAGGACACGGAGCUAAAACGAAUUCUUCUGUCACUGGCCGCUGGAAAAGGUCAGCGUGUGUUAAUCAAACACCCGAUGUACACGUUCCUUUUUGAAUCCGCUCUCCGUACGCUCGAUGCGCUCAUCCGCUCACCACCAGCGGAUACCACGUAA